GUCUCUUAAAACUUCAUUUGCAUCAGAAAUGUGCAGCGAGUGGCAAAUUUGGAUGACAGAUGUUUCAGCUUACUUUGUGGUGUCGAGAAGUGUGCGUUUAAAUUCGCGAGGCUUUGUCUUUGCGUCUGCUAAAUUUUUCACGUUGAGGGAAAACAUGGGGGAGAAAUCGAUUUUUUUCUCAUCCCUCUGGCAAGUUUUGUGAAGGGAGACUGAUACACGCAGAGAAGUACCCAGGGACUGACCCACGCUAGCGAUACAAUGUACCGGAACAACUUCUGGCAAUACACACUUACCGUGUGAACAACUUGUCGGGAUUCAGGUGGCAUUAUGAAACGCUUAUUCUGCGCGCUCACAGAUACAAGUUGUCAAAAGCGCCGGAAAAGAAAGCAAAGAAAAACAAAGCACUCUGACCAUUUGAAUGAAACAAUGGGCGCAUGUUUAGACUUGCAGAGCUCUGCCCCGCUAAAACUUCUCCUGGUUCCAUGCGAAUCUCAACCUUGUUCUGCAACAAGAUACUGGAUAGUGGAUACAAGAAAACAGGGUAAAAUUCCCUUUUUUGGCUCUAACAGGUGCAAAAUUGUGCAACAUAUGGGCAACAGAGUUACCGAGCCUUUUCACGGAUACGUUGUUAUGAGAGAAGGGCGAACUGUCAUCAAAGGGAUUUUAACAGACGGAGCCGUUGAGGGAAAAUAUUUUGAACUCGUUUUACAAGCUUCUCCACAACAACUAAACCAACCCUGCUGGAAAAAUUCCACGAGAAAAACUUCAUUGUGCGGAUUUCUUCAGCGAAGUACAAAAGAUGAAUUUGGUUCAUUCGAGGAGACACAUGACGCAUUCUUACACUCAGCAGGGGAAACCAGCGAAGUUUUAGACACGCAAGAAGAAAUGCUGACAUUCGCAGAGCAAAAAGUUACCUAAUUAACUUUUAAGCUGUACGAGGCGUCACUCUUCUAAAAAAGUCUGGUUUGGUUUACCUAUACACUUACGUGGAAUUCAAUAUAUCCGCGCGGAUAUUGUUUCUUGAUUUUAUGCCGGCAAGAUUGUUAAGAAUAUGAAGGUCUCAGCAUAGAAUUCUUAAACUUUUCUCUAAAAGAUAAACUGGACCCUGCAUGACGAAGGAAGGUUCUGUUAGCCUUAGAUAUCAAAUAAGAUUUGAACUGAGGAAUUUCUGAUGUUUAACACAAGGAUAUAGCCGGUUAUAGUAUAAAUUAAAGAUUGUAUUCAGGAA